AUGGCCAGGACUGGAGGUGACGUGGCCGCAGGGUUAUUCGCUCCAGCUCAGCGUCCUUUUGUACUGGCUGCAGCCUGCCCCAUGGAGAUCUUGCAAUCAUUGUUGGCGGGCUGCCAUUUGUGCCACCUGUCUAUUUUGUCUGUAGGGAGCAUCUUCUUGUCGCCAGGUGUCUUCUUCCAGAAUCUUCUAGAACCUUCUGGAUGCCGUGUGGCAAGGCUGCCAGCUUGGAGUGAUGAAAGAUUGUAUAUUCCGGAGGUAGCUUCAUCAUGUGUGCCUGUUAUCGGAAUGGAAUUCUCUUCCAUAGAGCAAGCAUAUGUUUUUUAUCAGACAUAUGCCAAGGAGGCAGGGUUCUCUGCUCGAAAAGGAGGUGAACAUUAUGUUGGUGGUAUUGUCAAGACUAAAUACUUUGUGUGUUCAAAGGAGGGGCAUAAACCAAUGCAAAUUGAUGAUCCUUAUUUGAAGUUGUCUAAGCCAUAUAAACGUAGGAACAGACCGACUAUUCGAACCGGCUGUAAAGCUUAUAUUAAGCUUUGUUCGACGGACGGGGUGUUGUAUAAGGUUGAUAAGUUUGUUCAGACGCAUAAUCAUUCAUUCGUGUACCCCAAAGAUAUGCAUUUAUUACCAGCUUAUAGACAUCUUUCCGAAACACAAGAAGAGAUGAUAUGGGAGCUUGGUACAUUGAAUCUUGGGCCAGUGAAAGCCUUCAAUAUAAUGAGACAAAGAUACGGGGGUUUUGAAAAUGUUGGCGCAACUAAAGACGAUUGCAAGAAUUUUAGAGCUAGGAUACAUAGCUAUAUCGGAGAGUAUGAUGCAGAUAUGGUUAUCAAUAGGUUGACCGAUAAAAAGCAGUUUAUGGUUGAUUAUUCAUUCGUUCAUUCAGUCGAUGAAAACAAACGAUUAACUGGCCUGUUCUGGGCCGAUGGUUUGUGCAAACGUAACUAUGCUGAGUUUAGAGAUGUCAUAUCGUUUGAUGCUACCUUUAAAACCAACAAGUAUAAAAUGGUUUUUGUACCUUUUACUGGUAUUGAUAACCACUGUCGGAAUGUGACGCUUGGAGCCGGGUUGCUAGCAUCCGAAAGCAUUGAAUCAUAUAAGUGGCUUUUACAAUCGUUUUUGGACUCAUUUAGUAAGCAACCGAAGGUGGUCGUCACUGAUCAGGAUCCCAUGAUGAAACAAGCUAUCGAAGCAGUGUUCGAUAAGAGUAGGCAUAGAUUAUGUAUGUGGCACAUAAUGAAGAAACUUGCUGAUAAGGUGGGAAAUGAGUUGUGUAACAACGAAGAGUUCAAGAGACGUAUGUGUGACAUUGUAUGGACUGAUUCGAUUGUGCCAGAAACGUUUGAGAUAGAAUGGAAGCUGAUAAUGAUUGAAUACGGUCUAACCGAGAAUAAAUGGAUUGAUGAUAUGUUUGGCAUGAAAUCUUCGUGGAUUCCAGCUUUCUAUCGUCAUGAGCCUAUGUCUGGGCUUAUGCGGACCACCUCCAGAUCAGAGAGCGCGAAAACCAUUUUUUCUGUCAAAAAUACAAUCCCAGAUAACUUUUCUGGAUCUACUUUAGAGGAUGAUGCUAUGAAAAUUUACACCAGGUCAAUUUUUGCUGAUCAACAGUCAGAGUUACAAGGAACACUGUCCGAGUGCCUUCCUAUGGAGACUAAAAUUGAGGAACCAUUUUUGAAGAUAAGUUUGUUUCAAGAAGGGGGAGGAUGUAAUUGUGUCAUGCAGUUGUCGCAGAUGUUCAAAGUGAAAGAAAUUCCCAACAAGUACGUUAUGAGAAUAUGGACCAAAGACGUGGUACCGAAUGAUCUAAAUAAUACAUUUGAUUUAAGUGUUGAUGAUAAUGAUGCGCAUAAAAAGGCCAAAGAGGUUGCGUAUGAGAUUAUGCAGCCCGGAGAGUAUCUUAUUGGUCAAUUGAUGAAAGAUUUUGAUCAUCUUCUUGUAGUUAGGGAUCGGAUGAGGGAGAUGAAAGAAAUGGUUGAUGAACUUCGAAUAACCAAGCCCAUCGACCCUAAGUUUGAUAGAUAUUCUAGGUUAAUAGGUUACGAGAAACCGAACACUUAUGCUCCUCCUACAGUCCGUGUGCCAACCGGUAUUAGAAACAAAGGGCGCGGUUCACAUAAGCGGAUUAAGUCCAAAAAAGAGAAAAUUAUUAGUCUAAAAGGCAAGAGAAGUUGGACAUGCAGUGUUUGCAAUGUCAAAGGUCAUGAUAUUCGAACUUGCGAGGUUUUAACGGGUAAAGUUAGUGCUGCUGAUAAGAAUGCCGAUAAGAAUGCCAACAAGAAGGGGAGGAAAAGAAGAGCAAUUCAGUUACAGAAUCAUCCUGGUUUAGUUGACGAAGAGGACGAAGAGGUAGAAACUGAUGAGGAAGAAGAGGAGUAUGAGGAGGUUGACGAAUCAAAUGAUAGUGAUUUUGAAUGGGAAGAUGAGUAA